UUAAAAAUGCACAGCAAGAAGCAGACUGCAGUGAAAUACUAUGUUGGAAUUGAUGUUGGCUCAGCAAGUGUUCGUGCAGCUUUGGUAGAUGAGUUAGGGACAGUGGUGGCACAUGCAGAGCAGCCUAUCCAAAUUUGGGAGCCCCAAGCAGACCACUAUGAGCAAUCCUCUGCAGACAUAUGGGCUGCCUGCUGCUCAGUCACAAAGCAAGUUGUCUGUGGAGUGGAUGUCAGCCAGAUUCGAGGGGUUGGGUUUGAUGCUACAUGUUCCCUUGUUGUUGUGGAUAAACAGUUCCAACCUUUGGCAGUCAACUGUGAAGGACAGAACCAUAGGAAUGUGAUUAUGUGGAUGGACCACCGUGCAGUGAGUCAGGUCGAGCGCAUCAAUGCAACACAACACAGGGUUUUGAACUAUGUGGGGGGAGUGAUGUCUGUGGAAAUGCAGCCACCUAAACUGCUGUGGAUAAAGGAAAACUUGCAAGAAUCGUGGGAGAAGGCAGGAUACUUCUUUGAUCUUCCAGAUUUCUUAUCCUGGAAAGCCACAGGUGUCACUGCAAGGUCCCUCUGUACAGUAGUGUGCAAGUGGACAUACACAUCAGAUAGAGGUUGGGAUGACACUUUCUGGAAAAUGAUUGGUUUGGAAGAUUUGGUGAAGGAUAAGUAUGAAAAAAUAGGAAACCACGUCCUGUCUCCUGGAGAGGCUGUUGGAAGAGGUCUAACACCAGAAGCUGCAAAAGAUCUGGGUCUCCCCGAAGGGAUUGCAGUGGCAGCAUCUCUCAUUGAUGCACAUGCUGGAGGACUAGGAGUAAUUGGAGCAGAUGUGAAAGGACAUAACCUGCCAUGUGAGAACCAGCCAAUUACCUCCCGACUUGCUAUGAUCUGUGGAACAUCUUCCUGUCACAUGGGGGUCAGUGAAUCACCAAUUUUUGUGCCUGGUGUUUGGGGACCAUAUUUCUCUGCAAUGGUGCCUGGAUUGUGGUUGAACGAAGGAGGUCAAAGUGCUACAGGAAAACUG